AUCAACGUGGCGAACCGCAACAACAAUGGUGGCGCAAGUGGCGCUGCUGAGGGAUCAUCGCGUCGUAAUGGUGGAGCAGCAGCUGCUAAUGCAGAACAGGGAGCUGCAGCGAAUGCGGAUUGGAAUCAAGAAGAAAUAGAUCGGUUCACGUUUGAUGAUUCAGAUCGUUUCGAAGAGGAUUCGCUAUGCAGCUGGAGCUCUGAACCGGAAUCGCUCUGCAAUAAUUGGCGUGGUUGGAAAAAACCUUCCACUUUAAGUGUAACAAAUAGUGUUAGCAGCAAUAAUACAAGUGCUACGGUACGCAAAACGGAUGAAAGCGAAGUUUCAUCUUUGACAGAAUUAACAGCAAAAUGCGUGGCUUCAUAUAUACCAUUUGAAUUAGUGGAACAUGUCUAUCCUCCGGUACCAGAACAAUUGCAAUUACGUAUUGCAUUUUGGAGCUUUCCCGACAACGAGGAGGAUAUACGAUUAUAUUCUUGUCUUGCUAAUAGUUCAGCGGAUGAGUUUAAUCGUGGUGAGCAACUCUACCGAAACCGUGCCGUCAAGGAUCCACUUCAAAUAGGUUUCCAUCUUUCUGCCAGCGUAGUAAUUCAACAACCACGUACUAGUUACAAUGUUGCUGUUACAUUUGAUCGAAGACGAAUUUCGUCCUGUAAUUGCACUUGUCCAUCAACCGCCUAUUGGUGUUCCCAUGUUGUUGCAGUUUGCCUACAUAGAAUACAUUGUCCUUUAGAAGUAUGUUUACGUGCACCAGUCUCCGAAUCCUUGACACGGCUACAACGUGAUCAACUGCAGAAAUUCGCGCAAUAUUUAAUAAGCGAAUUACCGCAACAAAUUUUACCAACAGCACAGCGUUUAUUAGACGAACUCCUCAGUGCCCAGCCCACAGCAAUAAAUACAGUAUGUGGAGCACCAGAUCCAACCGCAGGUGCUUCAAUUAAUGACCAAACCAGUUGGUAUUUGGAUGAAAAGACGUUGCAUGAAAAUAUUAAACGUAUUUUAAUUAAAUUCUGCCUACCGGCACCUAUAGUUUUUAGUGAUGUAAAUUAUUUAACAAGUUCUGCACCACCGGCGGCAGCCGAAUGGAGCUCAUUGUUACGUCCAUUACGUGGACGAGAACCUGAAGGCAUGUGGAACCUUCUAUCGAUCGUACGUGAAAUGUAUCGUCGUUGUGAUCGUAAUGCUGUACGUUUGCUUGAAAUAAUAACAGAACAAUGUAUGGCUUGUGAUCAAAUAUUGAUUUGGUGGUUCCAAACAAAACUUUCGCUUAUGAUGGGUUCUCAUGGUCAUAACAGCAAGCAUUCUAAUACGCACUCAAAUUCAACAGCACUGCAGCAUGCAUGUAGUUCUUUAUGCGAUGAAAUUGUUGUACUUUGGCGUUUAGCUGCUCUAAAUCCAGGUUUGGCACCAGAUGAACGUGAUAUGUUGCACGCGCAGUUUACAGCUUGGCAUUUAAAAAUCCUUGAUCGUGUCGUUAAAUGUCGCAUGAUGCCAUCAUCAUAUAGUAAUAAACAGCAAAAUCAAAGAACGGAUGCUGAAAUAUUUGUAGGAUUUAAGCCAGCCAUUGAGGCUUGUUAUCUAGAUUGGGAGGAAUAUCCAUUAGCUGGCAUUACCCACACUCAAGAUACAAAUCCUAUAUACUAUUCACCGUUCACAUGUUUCAAGCACACUGAUCCAAAAUGUGAGGUUAAUAGCGGUACUUUAAAUGUAACUCAAGCUCUUAUGGCGAACAACAAGCAUUACAAUUAUAUUAGUGCUUCAGCAGAUCAUAGUAUGCAUACGACAUUUAAACGAUGUGAUCGACCGUUUCGCGAUUGCUUUUAUACAUCUUCAAGUAAUAAUUCUAGUAAUUCAUCAAGCGAUAGUGUACAUGCUAGAAUAUCUCAAUGUAUAUCUAGUUAUGCUGGUAUAGCAGACAACAAUGUUGCUGCAGCUAGUAUAUCGUCUAACAUUGAUGGUUGCAUGCGUUCCAGCAGACCCGACAUAGGUUCUAUUGGUAGCGGUCCUAGUGCAAAUAGUAUAUCUGCCGCUGUGGUUUCAGAACGUCCACGUGCUUCGCGUAGUGGCGACGGUAAUCGCUCAAGCGCUAGUAGUGAAGGAUUUUGUGAAAAUGAAGAUUUUGGUGGUGACAGCAGCAGUAAUAUAUGUGUAGAAGAAGGUGGGCGUACUUUAGAACCUACAGCGGUAUCAAAUGCUAAAAAGUCGUUUAUGGAAUUAGACUCACAAGGCAGUUUUGAUUUGUCAUCGCCUAGUAGUAAUGAUAGCAAUCAAAAUGGAAUUAGUUUUCAAUUACCUACAACUCCCACAAAUAACAGUGCAGCUGCUGUUAAUACCUUACCGGCUCCAAAUGGCGUACCUUCGUAUCAAACAUCAACAUCGCAUACAUCUGAAAGUUCAUCAUCAUCCUCGUCUUCUUCAAAUUUUUCAUCGUCUUCUAUGUUAAUCGCAACUGUUGGUGUUGACUCUACAACUGAGGAUACUACAAAUGUGGCGAAAAAUAAGCCCAUUUCAGUCGAGAUGAGGCGUUUAUCAAAGGAUGAAUUUUCUUCUUCGUCAAGUGAUGAGUUUGUCAAUCCAGAAUCAGUCAGCUCAAAGGUUUUAGAUAUGAAACCUACAACUUCUGCUGCAGCACGUGCAGCUUUUUUGAAAUCCAAUGUACAAGAACCUGUAAAUAUAAAUUCGCCUAUUAAGUUUAAUACUCCAACAAUUCUGUCUCCAACGGUUACAAAUGCUGGCGUUUUACAUGGGCCAUCAACUUCAGCUGCAGCACUAGCAGCGGCAGCAGCAGCUGCUGCUAGUGGCACAGAUAAGCCACAUAUAUUUUCAAAUGUACGGCCUACUGAAGAUGCUUGGGAUAUUUUGUUGGCCCGUGCUGAAGGGUUGCACGCACAUGGUCAUGGUCGAGAAGCAUGUAUACUAGCUGUGCGUUUAGCAGAGGAAAUGUUAGCAAAUCCACCUAAUUUAAUGAUGGAAUUACCUCCAGCUCCUAAACGUAAAGGCAAAAAUAAGAAUGUUAAUCCGAUUUCACAUCAUCUUACCGUGUUAGCUUCAUCUACACUUACAAAGUGUGCAUUUCUUUGUACUGUACUUUCCGAAAAUUCUGAGCAUUAUCAUAUUGGAUUUCGCAUUUGCCUUUUCGCUUUAGAAAUGCCACGCCCACCCGCAAGUACAAAACCUUUAGAAGUUAAACUUGCUAAUCAAGAAGCAGACAUAUUGGCAUUAUUAAAAAAGAUUCCAUUAAGUGAACCUGAACUAGAGGUUAUACGUGAACGUGCGGAGCAUUUAAGAAAUGGUACCUUUUUAUCACGCGGUGAAGCUUUAUUACCAAUUAAUUUGGCGACAUACAUUUUUGAUGCUUUGGUUACAAUGCGGGAUCAACGCAGCCGCUUAGUUUUUCCUCCUAUGUUGCUUCGUUCAUCAUCAGAUGAAGAACUUGGUUUUGAAGCUGCUGUUUCUACUUUAGGUUUAAAAGCAAAUGUUUCAGAAGCAGAGCACCCAUUAUUGUGUGAAGGCACUAGACGCCAACGUGGAGAGUUAGCACUUACUCUUCUUUCUUAUUAUAAAGAUGAACCACGCAAAAUAGCCAAAAUUAUGGAAAAAUUGCUAGAUCGUGACAUUCAUAUAUUGCUUAAGAGUCCACUAUUGCCUGCUUAUUAUACGAACAAUCCGCCGGUACGUACCCCAUCAUCUUUCAGACGUGAUGAACAUGAAUAUGGAACCGGCUUUCCGCCCCCAAUGAAUGCACAAGUGAACGAUAUGUUUCCGAUGGAGUAUAGUUCAGUAGGUGGUAACAGUCGACCACACAGUUCAACAAGCGCUGAGCUAGAAGUUGGCAUGGGCUCAUUAAGUGUGUCUUCGCAAAGAGGUGGCCCGGUAUCAGUUACGACAUCCGCAAAUGGGCAAGGCGUGUCAAAUGGACAAUUAAAUGUUAAUAAUGGUGCAACUACUCGUCCAAAAGACAGUCGAUAUAAAGGUAAGCGUGCCUAUCCGUCCAUACCAAAUCAACCAUCGGAGGCGAGCGCUCACUUUAUGUUCGAGUUGGCUAAGAACGUUCUGACGAAGGCUGGAGGUAAUUCCUCUACUUCACUUUUUACACAAGCCACAACAAAUCAGAACCAUCACGGUCCGCAUCGGAUAUUACACAUGUGUGCAUUUCAACUUGGAUUAUAUGCAUUGGGUUUACAUAAUUGUGUUAGUCCUAACUGGCUUUCCCGUACUUAUUCUUCACAUGUUUCAUGGAUAAUAGGUCAGGCAAUGGAGAUUGGCGCACCAGCUAUUAGCUUUUUAAUUGAUACUUGGGAAGGCCAUUUGACACCACCUGAAGCUGCUAGUGUUGCUGAUCGAGCUUCACGAGGCUGGGAUGGACACAUGGUGUACCCAGCUGCAGAAUUGGCACUUUCAGUUUUGCCACAUGCAGCAGCACUUAAUCCAAAUGAAAUUCAACGAGCAAUAUUACAGUGUAAAGAACAAAGCGAUCAAAUGUUGGAACGUGCUUGUUUAACGGUAGAAAAUGCGGCUAAGGGUGGAGGUGUUUAUCCCGAAGUACUAUUUCAAGUUGCACGCUACUGGUAUGAAUUGUAUUUGCGUAGCACUCCAAAUAGUGAACACGAGCAACAUGAUGAUUUACUGGAUCACUCUGCUGUAAGCCUAAGUGCACUGAUUGAAUCCCAAAAUCAUGAAUUGCAACAGCAAAUGCAAACUCAGCCACAAGCAGGAUUAGUGGGAACAUCGCAAGUAAUGCCACCGGCUGUACCUGUAACCGGACUAAACGGGCCGGUUCAACCUGGUCAAGUUGUUGUAACAACUACACCACAGCCAUUCCAACAAGGAGUAGCGAAAAUUGCACCAAUUGGCAUAACACCAUAUCCUCCAUAUAGUUUUUGUCAGAAUCUGUAUCACCAUAAUAUUACGUAUCCAACUAAUCCAAUGCAAAUGUAUAUAUCUGCUGCACCUUCGUCGCAAGUAUUUCCAGCAUAUCCAAUACCACCUCAACAACAAGCACCACCGCCAGGUCAACCGGGAGCUGGAAGUUCAGGAUUACAACAAUAUGUUCAUCCUACAGGCACUGCAUUUCCACAAAUGUCAAACCAACAGAUGCCACCACAAGCGUAUCAAGCUGCCGGUCCGCCUGUAUUUCCAAACCAACCAGGUCAGCCAGGAUCAUCGCAAGUAGUAGCAGCUGCUGCAGCAGCAUAUUAUGCAAACAAUCAUCAACACAUGCCACUUACCACUCAAGCAACACCGCAGCCUCAAAUACGUCCGCAUCCAAACAUGUAUCCGUUUCUUUUGCAGCAACAUCAAUUACAGCAGCCACCAGCACAACCGCAUGCAGCACAUGCGCCUCCGGGACGACAAAGACAUCCACAUCAGUUUACUCCAACACAAUUACGCUACCUAUUGGCUGCAUACAAUGUUGGUAUGCUUGCAAUGGAAACUCUGGCUCGUCGCGUACACGAUGAUCGUCCGCAAGCUAAGUUUGCACGAAAUCCUCCAUAUGGUGAAGAUGUUAAAUGGUUACUUCGCAUAUCCAAAAAGCUUGGUACACAAUAUUUGCAUCAGUUUUGUAUAUGUGCUGUUAACUCCAUUGUUAGUCCGUUCGUUCUGCAUGAUGUUGCUAUCGAAUCUGCACAUUAUUUGGGAAGAAACAACCAUCAACUGGUCAUGCAGCAUUUACGUUCAGCACUUACUCCGCUUGUGCAAAAAUGUCAACAAAUGUAUAUUCAAUGCAUUCAUCAGAAAUUGUAUCAUUUAACCCAAGCCGAUUAUGAAGAUUUUGCAAGCAUUAUUUUGGCAGCGCGUGCUGCGUUCCAAAUAACACCAGAAGGAAGUGCUCAAUUCAAGGAUUGGUUACAAUCUAUUAAGAGAUCUAAAUCGUGUAAAAAAGAGUUAUGGAGUCAAAUAAAUGCAGCUCUUCAAAGCAAUUCCAAAUGACAAAGACUUGAUUCACA